CAUCUAUUCGUGUACUACAACAACCACCGUUGCCCUGAAUAAAAGCGAGACAGUGUAAACACAACUCCAGGAACAUGAAAAGAUCGGGUGACAGUGAGGGGGAGAAGAGAAGAAAGAGGCGGAGGCUACUGCGGGAGUUGGGAGACCAUAAGAUCCCCUUUUUGGGACCUUCAGAUCGUGGCUUUCAGCAACUGUGGGAUACCAGUUACUCUGGCCUAGUUCUGAGGAGAUCCUGCUCACUGCCUGCUGAGCUCCAUGGCCGGGUACAGGCGGCUCUCCUCACCCUGAGAAGGAAGGGCUGUCUUCUGAGGGAUCUGGUUCGCGUCCGUGACCGAGAUGUAUUCACCGCCGUGUCGCGGGCUCUGCUGGGUGAGCCGGGCCACACCUAUCGCUAUCUGGACACACGGCUCUUUGCCAUCCCCUGGCACAGUGAGGACACGGAGGUCAAAGGACAAAACUGUUGUGACCCUGAUUUGAGGUCUGCCUGCAAGGCACUCUGGGAGCUUAACAACUUCUUCUGCUCUGAUGUCUCUCAGCUGAAGGAAGGAGACCGGCUAACACAAUGUGCGAAGGAGGAAGCAGAAGCCAAACAGGGUGAAGAGGGGGACACAGAGUCUAAACACAGUGAAGACUCCAAGAAUAGUGAAGGAGAGGACUCGGAGUCCCGACAAAGUGAGGAGGGGGACACAGAGUCCAAGCACAGUGAGGAGUGGGACAUUGAGUCGAAACACAGUGAAGAAGGAUGCUCUGGGUCAAAGCAGGAAGGAGAAUGGGAGACAGGGUCCAGACACAGCGGUGAGGAGGGAGAAUCCUCCCAGGUCAAACCAAGUGAAUCUGGUGUUGCAGCAGAGUCGGAACUCAGUGAAGGAAAGAUCCCCGGCUGGGCACCUAAAACCAGCACAGAGACUGAAUCUGUAGGACUAGGGACUCAAGAGAAACCUGUGGCCCAACUCAAGCACAACUUGUCAGAUUACCACAUUGAGGAAAAGGAGGAACAGGAAAGCGGACAGGGCUGCUCCCAGCCAAGUCCUCCACCAGCAUGCACCGGUCCGGUCAAGUUCAAUGUCACCUUACUCAACUACAUGGACCCAGCAGCUAUGAGCCAGCUUAAAGAGGAGCCUUACUAUGGCAUGGGCAAAAUGGCAGUAGGGUGGCACCAUGAUGAAAAUCUCAUCGCUCAUUCACCAGUGGCUGUUUACAGCUAUAGCUGUCACGAUGACAAAGGUGAGAGCAGUGAGGGAGGCAGCAGUGAGAAGGUAUGCUGGAGGAUUGGGCUCAAGGUAGCCUGGGACAUCCACACACCUGGCCUGAUGCUGCCACUGGAGUCUGGAGACUGCUAUUACAUGCGAGAUGACCUGAACAGUACCCACCAGCACUGUGUCCUAGCUGGAGACACCGCACGCUUCAGCUCCACACAUAGAGUGGCCGAGUGUUCUAGUGGGACCCUGACCUACAUCCAGUCGCAGUGCCGAGAGGCCCUGUCCAACCUGCACACUGACCCAGAGACAGGCUCCCACAGCCUGCUGGCCCUGCUGCCGACAACGCUACAGCACUGUGAGGAGAUUCACAAUGAGGUGGAGUUUGAGUGGCUGCGGCAGUACUGGUUUCAGGGCCAACGCUAUGCCCGAUUCUGCAGCUGGUGGACCAGACCGAUGGAGCAGCUGGAGAAAGACUGGAGGCUCAUGGAGACGAUGACUAUGCUCUUCCUGGCUACAGUGGAGGAGGAGGGUCAAGCAGGGGAGGGAAGGAGGGAGAUGGCAGAAACCCUGCUGUCUGCCUUGACAGACAGACAGCAACAAAGGCAGACAUGGAGAGACAGGUGCCACUCAAGUCUGGCCCAGACAUUACCCCCCGAGGAAGCCCCAGUGGACCGUCCCUUCUGGGGUGUGGAUGACCCCAGCAUGCCGCUGCCCUUUGAUCUGGCUGAAAUCAUCAGCAGAGUGGAGUCACUGCUCUGGAGGAUGUGAGUGAUGGAUAGAGGAAGAGAGAAAGAGAGAAAACCCAAAACAAAACCCACCAGCUUUUCUGAAUGUGGGGGCCCCACAUCAGCUGAGGGGAUAGACCACUGAAGAUAUCCUGUUGUGAUUCCACCAAGAUUGAUUUCCUUUUGAUUGGGGCAUCUGCAUCCACCUCCACCCUCCUCUAUUCCAGCUCAGCCAGCUCCGGCCGGACGGAAACCAGACCACCACAAUAGAACCAGAAUAGUGCUUCAGUAACAUGCUAACAAUGCAAGCUUAGUGAUAAGCUUCUAGUGUCACAACAGUCUAACGAAACAUUUAAGUGGAACCUGCAUUUCAGUGUUAGCAUACAUUGUGCAACUAUUUAUUAUUUCAGUGUAUUCUGUUACUUAAUCUCAUGUAACCCAGACAUGCUUUUAUCAGUGGAUUGACUCAUUCUCAGUACAGUGCAUUCAUAUAUGCUUUCUAUUUGUCACACAGUGUUAUAAUACAGUAUAGAAUGGUUCAAAAAUGCUCACAUAGCAUCGCAUUCUUCACUUGUGUAUAGUAAUCCCUUUUAUUGUGUUCAACAGUGGAAUGAGCCCAAAGGAGACCAAAGAAAGAUUAUAAGAAAGUUCUGAAUGUCCCCCAGUGGAGAACAUGAAGAAUGUGUUUGGUGUGUACAGUGUGACGGUGUGUGUGACAAUGUGUAUGUGUGUUCUCGUAUGUGAAUAUACAUGUGAUCAGUUGUUGGCCUGUGUGCUUCUGCAUGUGUACAUUCACUCUCCCACAUGUCUACAUGAAAGCGCGUGUGUUUGAAUGUGAUAGUGUAUGUGUGUGUGUGUGUGUGUGUGUGUGUGAGCCUGUAGGCAGCCUGCCAGUUGUUUGUUCUAGAAGAUAUGCAUAUGGAGGAACAGAGACAAGCAGCAGGGCUCCUCUGCCUCUGCUCUGAUGAAAGGCAGCACUGAUAGAAUGACCCGGAACACAACCGCCGUUUCUCAUAAUUACAGCUGUUCAAUCGCUUUUAAUUACUCUUAAAGUGUGUAGAGCACCACAUUCCCCUGUAAUGCUGCAGGCCAUCCGAGGGAGCGGGAGAAAGAUCCGGCGCUUCUGACAAAAUCCACUUUCAAAAAAGCUAAAAGGGUGGAAAAGGGGGCCAACGUCAAAGCAGUGUAGCAGCCCUCCUCGUUUGAUUCCUUUCUCUAUCUAGUUCAUGAUGAAGUAGAGAUGUUGUUUACUAUUAAAAAUGCAGAAUGCACUCCUUUUUUACUUCUGAAGUUUUUUCCAAGAUGUUAAUGGUUGCCAAAUGCUGUUCUUCUUGCUUCUUCUUUUGCUGCGCCUCUGUUGUUUGUUGUUGUCAGAGAGAUUUGUUUGUAGAUUGGCAGUAGCGUUGACUUGUUUGAAUCACUUUGUGCUCCCUGCGCCACAGCUUGUCUGUCUGAAGCAAUAGGAAUGGCAGUGAAUAAAAAAAACAGUGUUUUAUCCAA